CCUUCCCUUCAGAUCAUGACAGCUGUCUCGGGAGAGCAGGCUCCGGCUGGAGAGAGAAUGCUCAGGAUGCCCAGCUGCCUCCUAAAGCUGACCAGGGUGGUGCUGAGCCACAAGCCCUGUGCCCUGUUUAUCCUCAUCUUUGUGUUCGUAUCCCUUGCCUACCACAAGCUCUACUGGGACCCAAAGAGCAGCGGCCCCACCCACAGCUUGUCUGCUGAGAUCAGCUGUGCUCACUAUGUGCCUUCUCCCCUCGACAUUGCUGGUGGGCCCUCCCCUUCCACAGGAAAUGUGUUUUUUGUGGAGACCUCAGAGCAAACUGCCCCAAGUUACCUCUUCUCGUGCUCUGUGGAGUCAGCGGCCAGGACACACCCCAUGUCAAGAGUUGUGGUGCUCAUGAAAGGCUUGGCCAAAGGAAACGCCUCCUUGCCCAAGCACUGGGCUUUCUCCUUGCUCAGCUGCUUCCCCAACGUGGAAAUCCGGCCUCUGGACUUGACAGAGCUCUUUUCUGGAACACCUCUGGCACAGUGGUUCCUGCAGCCUCAGCGGCAACAGGAGCCUCAUUUUUUAGCUGUCCUCUCUGAUGCCUGCAGAAUUGUCCUCAUGUGGAAAUUUGGUGGCAUCUACCUGGAUACAGACUUCAUUGUGCUUAAGAACUUACAGAACCUCACCAAUGCCCUCGGCAUUCAGGGUGACAGUGUACUGAAUGGAGCCUUUCUGUCCUUUAAGGCUAAGCACAAAUUCAUGGAGCUUUGCAUGCAGGACUUUGUGGAGGACUACAAUGGCUGGGUCUGGGGGCACCAGGGCCCAGAGCUCCUAACUCGUGUCUUCAAGAAGUGGUGCUCCCUCGAGACUAUCACGAGCAUGAGCUGCAAAGGUGUGAGUGCUCUUGCCCGAGAAGUUGUUUAUCCUAUUCCCUGGCAGGACUGGAAGAAGUUGUUUGAGGCAGCCAGUGCCUUGGAGCUUCAGAAACUCCUUAAGAGCACCUAUGCAGUGCACAUAUGGAACAAACUGAGCCACGGGACCAAGUUAGAGAUCCCCUCCCAGGCUCUGCUGGCUCAGCUCUAUUCCCAGUUCUGUCCUGCCACCUACGCAAAGAUGAAGCAGGACUCUGAAGAGUUGUCAAGGCGUGCAGUGUGACCUGGGGCCCUUGGCUGCAGGGACAUUCCCCAGCCUAAAGGAAAACGAGUGCCUUUGACCUUCCCCAGACUUGGUUUCUACACCCCAGAGCAGCUGUGUCACAGCUCUGUGGUUCUGUACCUGACAUUCCUGAUAUCUGCCUCAGAUCCUUUGUGUUUCAAAUUUACAGCAGAACCUGACUGCAGCCUCUCUUGCUGUCCUAUACAAGACCUGUUUUUGCAGGGAAGGUUGAACUCC